AUGUCAAAGCUACCUGUUAUUAUGGAAGAAGACGAGGAUUCGCUGUGUGUGCAAAAGUCUUUAAAUGACUGUUAUAACCGGAUUCAAUUGCUAUGGGAUGAUGCCCUUUUCUUAGAAAAUCUUCUCUCACCAGCGAAGCCAAAACAUAACUUGAAGCGAUCUGCUGAUUGUAUUAUGGACCAACCUCAGUAUCAUUUUUCAUAUCUUCGGUCCUUCGGUCAUCUCAGUGACAGUGCCUUUGCCUAUCAUCAUAAAAGCCAACUCUCAGAUACUCGGCCUUACCAACUCUACAGACAAUUCUCUUCCUUUUCUUCCAGCCAUACGAACCGAAUGAUUUCUUAUUUGCAAAUUCGAUUACGAGUUGUUCGAGAGACAUUUGCAUCCACGUUCAACACUUCUCUCUCACAAGAACAGCAAACUCUUGCCUCGAAAGUUCUAGAGCAGAUUUCUCAGGUAAGCGCAUGCAUUUCUAGAAUUUGGAGGCUUUUUCUGAGUCGAACUGAGGACUCUGAUGCGGGUCUGUUUGAGAGUGGCGAGGAAAGCGAUUACACAGUGUUUUCAAAAGCAAAGAGUGAAGGAAGUGGAGGAGAAUCUGAAAGUGGGAGAGAAGAGUGGGUUUCUUUAGUGCAUAAUUCGUGUUGUUUUUCAGCGUCCUGCAGAAUGUAUUAGUUGCUUUUGCAUAUUUGGCUUUUGGUUUUUGGUUUUCUAUGCUUGGCAUUGCGUUGCUAUAUCUGUAUGAAUGUAUUGCUGAAUAACUGUUAUUGAUUUCUCUAUUUUCUAU